ACCAAGCCCACUCUUUCUUUUGCUUCUUCCCCAGCUCACAGCGCCGUCGUGGCCAAAUGAAGCGCCUGCGAUGGCGCUCAUGAUCCAGCCCAGACCCAUCACCUGGUCAUUCGGACACUCUCCGACUAGCUUCUCCCCGAUGGAGCUGCUUCGGCGUAGGACUUUCCCGAAUACAUACUUAUACCGGGCGCCGACCGGUUUCCCAACACCCAAUUCUGCUUCGAGCGUGUCCUACACCUAGUUUUAAUCAAACACACCGAGAGGGGAUCAUCCACUAUGUCUCUAGCUCAGAACCACUACAUAAUCCAACUCCCCUCAACACCUACCCUUCACCGGGCACCAGAGCCGCGAGCGAUUGCGCAACAAUGGAUCACAGAUCUCGAGGUUCUACUGAGAACCAGUGAAUUUUCUAACCUGUCCAGUCUCGUUCAUGAGAAGUCAUGGUGGCGCGAUAAUCUAAGUCUGACCUGGGAUCUUCGCACGAUCCAGAAUCUCAGCGGUAUCCAACAGUUCCUGACCCAACACCAACCCCGCGCCCAGUUGUCUGCCUUUCGGCUUCAACAUGAGGGCAAGUGCCAGGCAAAACUGGAAUCACCCGCCCCAGGCCUGACGUGGAUUUCGUCAAUGUUCUUCUUCGAGACCGCCACCGGACGCGGCUCUGGUGUCAUUCGUCUCACCCAGGAUAGCAAGGGUGUGUGGAAGGCCUAUGCGAUCUAUACCUCUUUGCAGGAAUUGAAGAACAUGGAGGAGCCGGUAGGAGCGCGAAGGGCCUACGGUACAACUGAGACGAUGCCAGGAGGUUUGGCUCAGGGAACUUGGAUUGAGCGGCGAAAGCGGCAGGUUCUCUUCAAUGAAGAGGAGCCCGCGACGCUCAUAGUGGGUGCCGGCCAGGCUGGUUUGAACCUGGGAGCUCGUCUUCAGUCGCUCGGCGUACCCUCUCUGAUCGUUGACCGUCAUGAGAGGAUUGGUGAUAACUGGAGAAACCGUUACAGGACCCUCGUAACCCACGAUCCUGUCGAAUUCACACACAUGGCCUACCUGCCCUUCCCAAAGAAUUGGCCCGAGUUUACUCCCAAAGACAAAUUAGGCGACUGGUUCGAAGCCUACGCAAGCAUCAUGGAACUAAACGUCUGGCUCAAAACCAGUGUCACAGCAGCUACAUACGACGACACUAAGAAACAAUGGACUGUGACGGUGACCCGCGGCGAUGGUACGGAGCGCAUCUUGCGUCCUCGUCACCUCAUCUGGUGCACCGGCCACUCUGGUGAACCCUUGGUCCCCACCUUCACAGAGCAGGACAAGUUUAAGGGGAAGAUCUACCAUGCUAUUCAGCAUACCGAUGCCUCCCAACAUGAUGUUAAGGGGAAAAAAGUCGUAGUCGUUGGUACAGGAAACAGCGGGCACGAUAUCGCUCAGAAUUUCUAUGAGAAUGGCGCGGAUGUGAUGAUGCUCCAGCGGCGCGGUACAUACGUUAUCACCGCUGACAAGGGGGUCUUCAUGAUGCACGAAGGUCUCCACGCGGAGAACGGACCCACAACCGAAGAAGCCGACAUAAUCGCCGAAUCUCUCCCUUAUCCUGUCCGCUUCGCGCUAGAUGUUCACUUCACAAAACGCGUCUACGAGGCCGAAAAGGAUAUAAUGGAAGGCCUACAACGCGCAGGCUUUGAAAUUGACCACGGUAUAGACGGCGCAGGGAUCUCGCGCGCCUACAUGACCCGCGGUGGCGGAUACUACAUUGACGUCGGCUGCAGCCAAUUGAUCGCAGACGGCAAGGUCAAAGUAAAGCGCAGCCCCGAGGGGAUUUCGAAAUUCACUGAGCGCGGACUUGUCCUCAAGGACGGGACCGAGUUGGAGAGUGACAUUGUUGUCCUCGCGACGGGGUAUGAUAAUAUGCGCACGACUGUGCGGAAGACGUUGGGGGAUAAGGUGGCGGAUCGGUUGAGAGACGUGUGGGAUUUGGAUGAGGAGGGAGAGCUUAAUGCCAUGUGGCGGCCGAGUGGCCAUCCGGGAUUCUGGUAUAUGGGUGGUAACCUUGCCCUGUGCCGCAUCUAUUCCAAGUUCCUGGCGUUGCAGAUCAAGGCUAUUGAGGUGGGGUUGGUGUCUCAGUAAGCGAAUUAUUAGAUCAUAUAGAGUUAUAUUAAUGCAUGCGGCAUGUAUCUUCAAGGCAUACCAGAAAGCUACGCUGAAAUGCGUGGUGUCUUAGUAAAGAUUAGGG